GGAACGGAGGAGCAAAGGUUGUGACUGUGAGUUUACUUUAAGAUAGAAAUCAGUUGGACAAAUUGGAACUUGUAUUAAAAAUUAGGUAGGACUGUCCUUAUGGAACAUCCAAGAAAAUUGGAACCAUACACAAAAAUUUCAAAUAACCAAUGACGGAUGGUUCAAUCGGUUGCCAUAAAAUUAGCUGAUGGUCAUGGUUCAAUUCUUUAGGGACCAAUUUGGAGGGAAAAAAACAAGAUGGCCCAACAAAGCAUGUAUAGCUAUAUUUAGGAACAAAGACAACCAAAUUUGAAACUACAAAAACCAAGGUUCCGACAAUUUAGUCCUCCCUCAGAGGAUAUUAGUGGUAAAAGAUGAUCUUGUUUAAAGGCUAAAACGUAUAAAGGAAGCAGGGAAACGAGGUUUGCACCAUUGUCAUAGCCUCUUUAGUGGAGGCUUCGAAACUUUUAAACAGGAACAAGAAAUUUGUAGCUCAGGUUGAAAGAUGGCAGCCAUGGCAUUCAGCGCAAUAGCUCGAAUAAGCGCCAUUCUUCUAUUGUGCUUGGUUGUUCCUGGUUGCCAGGGAAUGCGUCCAUUUGAUGCAGCAGAUGCUCUUGCUAAAGCUAGAGAUGCCGCUAUUGGGAAAGUAGGCCCUGAUGUCAAAGUUUUUAAUGUGUUAGAAUAUGGUGCAAAGGCUGAUGGAAAGACUGAUAGCUCAAUUAAUUUUAUCAGGACCUUCAAGGCUGCAUGCAAUUUCCAUGGAAAUGCUAUGAUGGUCAUCCCUGACGGUAACUUCUUAAUAGGACCGGUCAUAUUUGCUGGACCCUGCUUCAAUCCAUCUCCUUUGAUUAUUCAAGCUAAUGGAUUGGUCAAAGCACAAGCUGAUAUUUCCUACUAUGGCGGUGGAGCAGAUGGUACAGACUGGAUCACAUUCCAAAGCAUUGACGGCUUGAUUCUCAGUGGACACGGUACUUUCCAUGGCCAAGGUGCUGAGGUAUGGAAGUACAAUAAUUGUGACAAGAAGUCUAACUGCGUCCGUUUGCCAGCUACUUUGAAGUUCAUCAGGGUAAACGAUGCAAUCAUCCGUGGCAUAAAAUCCAUUGACCCCAAAGGGUUCCACAUCAUGAUCAGCUGGAGCCAAAACUUCAGGAUCUUCAACCUUAAUUUGCAAGCCCCUAGAGACAGCCCCAACACUGAUGGCAUCCACAUGAGCAAAUCGAACCUGGUGAAAAUAUCCAAAAGUGUCAUUGCCACAGGCGAUGAUUGCGUCUCUAUGAUCCAAGGAUCCACCAACAUCAGCGUCAAGAAAGUAAUUUGUGGCCCUGGACACGGUUUCAGUAUUGGUAGCCUUGGCCACUACGAUGCUGAAUCAGAUGUUAGUGGGAUCAUCGUGAGGAACUGCUCGCUGACAGACACAGACAAUGGAGUUAGAAUCAAAACAUACAAAACCCCAUCCCCAAGUAAAGCUUCAGGCUUGGUUUUCCGAGACCUCGUCAUGACUCGAGUCAGGAACCCCAUAAUCAUAGAUCAAGAAUAUGGAAACAGAAGAAGCAGUCAGGCAUCUAAAGUAAGCAUUAGCGAUGUUCACUACGUAAACAUCAAGGGAACUUCAACUAGCAAAGUUGCAGUCGAACUAAUAUGCAGCGCAUCAAAUCCUUGCCAAGGCAUUCACAUAAACAAUGUCAACUUGCAGUACGUUGGUCCUCCAAAUGGCAAGCUGCCUUUCAGUUCUAAGUGUGUUAACGCCAAAGUUCACUACCUUGGCUUCCAAAGCCCUCCCCCUUGCCAUUAGGCGCUUACAGUUCUCCAAACGACGAUUCUUUCCUUCUGAAUGAUUAAUGGAGUAAAUUUGUAAGAGAGAAGAAGCAGUGGAUCUAGUGUACUGU